AUGAAAUUCACUUUGACCACUCUCAUCUCCAUUGCCUCUCUCAUGACCCUCGUCAGGGGUCAAAAUGACAACUACUCCAACCCUAUCUUAGUGGCUAAACCGGAUUGUCAAUCGAUGGAUCAAUUCCAAUCUACUUUCGAGAAACUCUGUCCUAUCUGGAUCCCUCCUCCCACAGCUUCCGAUGGAUGGUACUACGAUUCCGCUUCUUUCGUAAGAGGUGGUUCAGAUGGUAAUUCACCAGAUUAUCUCGCUACUGUCAAUUGUCUCUACACCACCCGAGGCGGACAGAAGAACGUCGCUUUUGAGAUUGUCCAAUCUCUUGGUGGGGCAAUUGCCAAUGAGGGUAUCUAG